GUGUGGUCAUGUUUCUCCAGUAUUAUCUCAAUGAGCAGGGAGACCGGAUCUAUUCGCUGAAGAAGCUUGACCCUAUGAGACAACAGACCUGCAUGGCCCAUCCUGCUCAGUUCCCAGGCGACAAAUACUCUUGACACCAUAUUACCAUCAAGGCAUGCUUUAAGGUGCUCAUGACCCAGCAAUUGCACCCCGUCCUCUGA